AUGCAGCGCGCUUUGGACUACAUGGGCCUCGUCCCCGGCCAGAAGAUGGAGGACCUUGAGAUCCAGAAGGUCUUCAUCGGGUCCUGUACCAACAGCAGGAUUGAAGACAUGCGGGCGGUGGCCAAGAUCGCCAGAGGCAGAAAGGUCGCCGCUGGCGUGUACGCGAUGAUCGUGCCAGGUUCUGGCCUGGUGAAGAAGCAGGCCGAGGAGGAGGGCCUCGACAAGGUGUUCAUCGAGGCGGGCUUCGACUGGCGCGAGCCG